AAAAAACCAUACCAAUGGCAUCGUUGAAGUCGUUCAUCAAGGCUGUCCGGAAAGCUAAGACCAUUGCCGACGAACGGGCCGUAGUCCGGAAAGAAUCGGCUGCAAUCCGGACCUCGUUUAGAGACGUCACAUUGGAUCAGACCACAAGACGUAUCAACAUCUCCAAGUUGCUCUAUCUCUAUAUCAUGGGCGAAAAGACCCAUUUUGGACAAGUGGAAUGCUUGAAGUUGCUAGCUUCGCCACGUUUUGUAGACAAACGGUUGGGCUAUUUGGCUGCGCUGCUUCUUUUAGAUGAAAACCAAGAGGUACUCACUCUUCUCACCAACUCUUUGGACAAUGACAUGCAACACCCCAACGCCUAUAUCGUAGGAUUGGCCUUGUGCUGUUUGGGCAACAUUGCGCUGCCGGAAUUGGCUCGUGAUUUGUACCAAAAUGUCGAGAAAAUCAUCGCCUCUAAUAACGUCUACUUGAAGAAGAAAGCAUGCAUUGUUGCUGCCAAACUUGUUGAGAAGGAACCGGACUUGUUUGAGUUCUUUUUGCCCAAAAUAGGUCAAUUACUUUCAGACAAACUGCCAGCCGUCUUAUUGGGCGCUCUUCGCUUGACCAACUCGUUGUAUUUGGCUAGCGAAGAUACUCAUCCUGUUUUGGUGAAGAAUAUUCCCAAGAUCAUAUCCCAUUUGAAACGUGUAAACACCAGCGGAUACCAGCCAGAUUACGAUGUCAUGGGAACAGCGGAUCCAUUCUUGCAAGUAGCCUUGUUGUCAACGUUGAGAACGUUGGCUACAGACGAAUAUUGCCCCGAUCAGCAUCUUGAAGAAAUCAACGAUAUUUUGACCCAGGUCGCUUCUAACUUGGACAGUGGUAAAAACGCAGCUCAUGCUAUUUUGUACGAGUGUGUGAGGACGAUUUUCGCCAUCCAAUCGGACCAGUCGUUGAAGAUCUUGGGUGUAAACUUGUUGGGAAAAUUCUUAUCCACCAAAGAAAACAACACCAGAUACGUAGCACUUGAUUCCUUGUUAUCAGUGAUAAGCAUCGAACCAUUGGCAGUGCAAAGACACAGAUCCACAAUUGUGAACUGUUUAUCCGAUGGAGAUAUCUCCAUCAGAAGAAGAGCGUUGGAGUUGUCGUUUGCAAUUUUGAACGAGCAGAAUAUCAGAGUACUAGUUCGUGAAAUCUUGACAUUCUUGGAAAACUGCAACGACAACGAGUUGAAGCCCUACGUCACAUCGCAGUUGACGAUUGCUGCUAACAAAUACUCGCCCAAUGAAAAGUGGCAUUUCGACACUUUGAUCAGAAUGUUGAAACUCUCAGGUGAUUAUGUCACUUCUGACAACAUCUCCAGCAUCUUGGCUCUCAUUUUACAAUGUAACGAUAACGAGUUGAAAAAGCACAUUGUACAGAAACUACUUACUUCGUGUUUGGAAGACUCUACACAAUUUGGCUUAUCUUUGAUUACAGUGUGGUCUCUUGGAGAAUAUGCCGAUUUGGUAUUGGGAACCAAUGUCGAAGUCCAUUCGAAGGAAAUUCUUGUUACCGACAAGGUUGUGCUAGACUUAAUCGACAACUUGAUCAACAACUCUACUUAUUCUGAACUGGAAACAGUUCAAUUGAUUACAUACAUAUUGACAGCUGUGAUCAAGUUGUCGGUGAAGUUCAGCGAUGGGGCAUCUCUUGAGCAUUUAAGACAGAUCUUGAAUGCCAGGACUUACGAUAACAACUUGGAAAUUCAAGUAAGAGCAGUCGAGUAUCAGGAAAUAUUCGCACAAGAUGUAAGUCUCAAGAGAGGUUUAUUGGCCAGAAUGCCUGCUCCUCCAGUCAAAGAAAGAGAAUCCUUGACAUUACAGAAAGCAAACAACAAGGCUAAAAGAGUAGGAUCUUCACCCAACUCUGGUGUUCCUUCCACUACAGAAGAUUUGUUACUUGAUCUCAUGGAUGAUAAUGGUGAUAGCAAUGGUGUAAAUGGAAACAAGGAUGCUACUGCAUUGUUGUCAGAUAUUUUUGGUGGAAGCAAUGGUACUGUAAGUGCUUCUCAAAAUAACAAUGCAGCCAUCUUGGACUUGUUCAAUACAUCACCAGCAGCACCUGCUGCUCCCAUAGCAGAAGAAACAAAUUCCAUUCCAGCAUUUUCAAACAACUUCAUCAAAGUUUCUUUUGUGCCCAAGUCCUUCCCAUCCAAUGGUGAAGCCAUAAUAGAAGCACUUGUAGAUUCGAAUUCUGCUAGCACAGUAGAGCAAUUCCAAUUCCUAAUUGCUGUUCCAAAGACCCAGAAGUUGACGAUCUCGUCGUCGUCUGAAGGUGACACUUUGGUACCGGGAGGAAGAAUCAAACAGGUAUUAAAGUUGGCAGGUAAGCAAGGAUCGAAGGUCAAGUUCAGAGUCAAGGCAAAGUAUACUGUAAACGGGAAUGCUAUUGAGGAACAAUUUGACUUUGGUGCCUUUAGUCAGACUCUUUAG